AUGGCUCACUUGGGCGAGAGGCACCAAAGAAGCCUUUGCUCUCCAUUCUUGUUCCCUUGGCCUCCCCAUCUGUCCCUUUCUCCAUCCCGGAAUCCCAGUCCCUUGCUACCCGGGGUAGGAGCCCGGCCCACGCAGUACCUGCCAGAAGGAGGCCCCACCCGCUCCUUGGCCAUUGGCUGGAGUCCCCAACUUCGACACUCUACUGGUCCUAGGGCGGGGAGUGAGAGUGGAGAAGCCUUAAAGCCUCCCUCCUCCCCCGGCGGUCUCACUUCUGCCUCCCCUGGCCAGAGGUACGGCCCCGGGAGAAGGCGGGGGCGCCGGGAGCAACCCUCUGCCAUUUGGUUCGACCGUCUCCGGCUACUCGGCUCAGCCUCACUUCGCGGUCAAGUUGGGCAGAGAGGGGCAGGGGCUCCCGGCCCCAUGGAGGCUACCCUCAAGUGCCUGUGGGUUUGCGCCCUCCUAGGUCCCGGGCCCAGCCCUUAUAAGGCAAAACCUGCCCUCUCCCAGAUUCUUUCAGGUGCCAAUCAGCAAAGUCAUAAAGUGCCAGAUGCAAAGUUCGGUCUGGGGGCAAGGCUCGACUGUUUACAGCCCCAUGACCUUAGCAAGAAAGGGGAAGGUUUCCGAACAGGGAAGUGCUAUGAGCAGAGAUCAGCGAGAGGCUCAACCAGACGGUGUUUUCCAUUAGUUAUUUGCAGAAAGAAGGCUCCCUCCAGACAACCAGCAGCACAAGGACUGCUUGGGUGGGACUGGCACCAAGAGCUACUAUUUCAAGACAGUGAAGCCCGAUUACGCACUUGGCCUCUUGAGGUAGCCAGCUUCCUGCCAGAUGAAUGUGCCAUCAGACAGUCCAUAGAGACGGAGCGGAAAAAGUGCUUGGAAUAUGAACAAAUGGAAAAUGAGCUCGAAGGCUGCAAGUACAUGUGGGAUAAUAUCACGUGCUGGCCACCGUCCGCCUGGGGCCAGGUGGUCAUCCUGCCCUGCCCCAUGAUCUUCGCAUACAUGUUUCCAAACCAUGGUGGUAAUGUGUCCAGAAACUGCACCAGCGAAGGAUGGACAGACAUGGCCCCAGCUCCCUACCCUAUUGCCUGUGGCCUUGAUACCAACUCAACAGCAGAAGAUGAGACAUUUUUCUAUGGCACUGUGAAGACCGGGUACACUAUUGGCCACAGCCUCUCCCUCAUUGCACUCACCAUAGCCAUGGUCAUCCUGUGUAUGUUCAGGUCCCAUGUCUUGCAGGUAGGCUGCAAGGCUGCCAUAGUGUUCUUCCAAUACUGCAUUAUGGCCAACUUCUUCUGGCUGCUGGUGGAGGGCCUCUACCUCCAUACCCUGCUCGCCAUCUCUUUCUUCUCUGAACGGAAAUACUUUUGGUGGUACAUCCUCGUUGGCUGGGGGGUUCCUGCCUUGUUCAUCACUGCAUGGGCACUCACCAGAUACUAUUUCAGCAAUGAGGGGUGCUGGGAUAUCAUUGCCCCCCCAUACUGGUGGAUCAUCAAGGCACCCAUUUUGACCUCUAUAUUGGUGAACUUCAUCUUCUUCAUUUGCAUCAUCCGAAUUCUGGUACAGAAGCUACACCCGCCAGACAUGGGGAGGAAUGAGAACAGCCAAUAUUCGAGACUGGCCAAAUCAACACUGCUGCUGAUCCCACUCUUUGGGGCACACUAUAUCAUGUUUGCCUUCUUCCCAGACAACUUCAAGAAAGAAGUGAAGCUGGUCUUUGAGCUUAUUUUGGGCUCUUUCCAGGGCUUUGUGGUGGCCAUCCUCUACUGCUUCCUCAAUGGGGAGGUCCAGGCAGAGAUCAAACGUAAAUGGCGGCGGUGGCACCUGGAACAAUUCUUGGGCUCGGACCUCAAGUACCACCACCCAUCCGUGGGCAGCAAUGGCACCAACUUCAGCACCCAGAUCUCCAUGCUGACACGGACUAGCCCCAAGGACCGACGCUCCUCCAGUUUUCAGGCUGAUUUCUCACUAGUCUGACCAGGGCACCCCUCACCCAGGGUCCCUAACUAUUCUAUAUAUCAGUGUAUUCGUCACAGCAAGGGACAGGCAAAAGGCACCCAACAUGAGAAGACUGUAAGCUGGAGGACAGCCUGCCUCAGACAAGAUGCCUCCUAGAUUCUUCCUGCUCUGUUAGAAUCCUGUGGUUGGUUUCCAGAUGCAUAGCUAGUCCACAGUCUAGAAGCUCAAAGUCCUCGGAGUUCCCCAAGCUUACCUGGGUCCUAGCCCAGAAGCCAUCCCUAUCUGGCUCCUCCAACCCAGGGAGCGGCCACAGCAGACACAAGGCCAGGGGAGAGGGAUAAGUGGGAAGGGCUCACAAACUCCUCUCCAGCCCCAGCAGGUCCUUGUGGAAACGGCUGAAUAGGAGGAGAGAACCCCCAGUCUCUGCAGAGAACCACUUCCUUCCCCUUUCACCUGGUGAGAGCAAACUGCCCUUCGGCAAAUGGAGCCCAGGCAAAGGCAGAAGUCUGCCAAGUGGCCCGUGUGUCCAUCCACGUAUGUGUGGGAAGGAGGUAGCUAAUAUGUGUGACAGAACAAGGAGGGGAAGAGGUCAACCCGUGUCCGUUAUGUGACUGAGGCAGUGGGAGGAGGCCAGAAGACGGAGACCUCCCCACAGAUCCCCACAGAGCAGGACAGUCCGUUCGCUCUCGGCUGGGCUCUUUGGGCUUCUUGCAGCUCGGACGACAGGGAGGGAUUGUGGAAGGUGGUGAACAGGCAAAUACAGUCAGAUGUCGCCUCCGGCGUGGGGAAGGAGAAAGAGUCCUAGCCUCAGAGUUGGUAGGUGUGUAACUCUGACCGGGUCCCCCCUUUUCUAGGCCUCAGCUUCUUCAUCUGUAAAUGGGCUAAUAAUAUUUGUCACCUACCUCGCAGGGCUGUUGUAAGAAGCCAGUGAAAUGAUGUAUGUGCGACCCUCACCAGCCAGAAAGUGCUAUGGAAAUAUAAGCUAUGGUUGUCACGAUCCACUUCCUUGCAGGCCUCUUCCUUGUAGGGACAGGACAGACAGAAGGAUUAUGGGGUCUUCCUGCAGGAUUUGAUAGAAAAGGAACUCCAAGAGGCACCUCUGAGAAGAUUCACCUUCCCCUCCUGGCUGGUCACAAUGCCUAACGGUCCCUCUUUAGAGCACUGCAGUCUAUAACACCUUCUCCCCACUCCCAGUCCUGCCCAGGAGGGUUCAACCAUCUUGCCCUUAGCACCUCUGAGCACAACCUUUCCUCUUGGAGGGGAGAACCUCUGGUAAGAAGGAGGACUCUGAGCCUCUACAAGACGCCAGGAAGUCAUGGCCCAUCAGAGAUAACUAAGACAUCUCUUUCUCUCCUCCACGGGAUAUGGUAGCCACACCAGGCCAUCCCUGGGCCUCUCUGGGCCUCACAAGGAAGUGCUGCUCCUCUAGAAUUGGACCCCAGACCCAAUGGACUAGGAAACAGGACUUGAAUUCUAGUCCAACGCUGGUGCUCACCUCCUACUCACCCUUGGAUAAAUCCCUUCCACUCACAGGGCUCUGCUGCGGUCAGAUGAAAUAAUGCAUGGAAAGCACUUUGCAAACCAUAACAUGUUAUACACAAGGGCAAGGGGUUGUCAUCUGGUUAUCCUUAUCAUGCCCCAAAUCCUCUGCAUGGCAGGGGUAGCCAAAAUCAGGUAUAUGAAGGAGUCGGUCAGUCAGUAAACAUUUGUUAAGUUUCUACUAUGUCUGGGGUUAGCAAAAGAGGCAAAAGGCAGUGCCCUCCAGGAGCCCACAAUCUAAUGACGGGGCUAACAUGCAGACAACUAUGUACAAACAGGACAUAUACAGGGUAAGAGGGAAGCGAUCAACAGGGGAGUCAGUUCAUGGUUCCAGGCAGUCUAAAAUAGCCGAGAUGUGCAAAGAGGUAGAAGGCAUACUGACUUGGAAAAGGAGAUUAGUCCUAGUUGUAUUACCAUGGUCUGCUGCUUGCUCCAGCAUUCAGGGCCUGGGCCUCUGGCCCAUUCUCCAACCUCCUCAGGAAACACCUACACUCCUGGCUGUACCGUGGCUGGUGGGAGGGGUAAAUCAGGGCUUGUGACUUCCUAGAGAGGAGAGAAGGAAAGCCAACAUGGGGAUGAGGAUCAUGGAGGGAGCUGCCUGUCAGAACUUGCCUCCUUGGCCCAGGCAAAUAUCAGUACCAUGUCAUGGGCUGAACCAGACCAAGGAGAAUAAAGACACUAAACCUCAUCUAUCACCCAGAAGUCAUCAAAAUAACUUGGGGAUGGAUUUGCUUAUGCCACUAAUGUUGUCAACCAUUUUCUCAAAGCAUUGGAUUUAAUGGCAUUGGAUUUUUAGAAGAUUAGAAUUCAUGCCCCUGCCUGGCCAUAUACAACCAGUAAGACUGGACAAGUUCCUUCCCCUACUUCAGCCUUCAUCUCCUCUGUAAAAUGAGGAGUCUUGACUUAUGUAAGAAUUCUCAUGACCUUAAACCCCAGACCCUAAACACCCCCCCCCCUCCAGGAGGGGAUGUGGCAAAUAUCCUCUUGGAUUAAGCCAAAGUACCAGGCUUCCUAGAGCAGAGUUCUCCCAGAACUUCCCAGGAGCUGCACUGAAGAAUAAGUAUUAGCAUGUCAACGAUCUCCUUCCUUCCUUGGAGGAAGAGCAUGAACUGUCACAUCAAAGAAACCAGUAAUUAAGCAAAGUAUUUUAGGUGCUAACUUUAAAUAAAGUCAACA